UUUUCGUUUGCAUUUAUAAAGGAACAUUACGUGUAUAGCGGCCAGACAAUGCCGGUCUCCAUUAGAUAAAUGGUGUGACAAGUAGUUGAUUCAGUGUAGGCACAAAUUGAGCUGGACGCAGUGGUGAUCGUAUUUUGGUGGAGUACAUUUGUGUUUUGAAGUGUUUUUGUAACGUGAAGAUGUAUUGCGACUGGCCUGUGCUUCAGAGGUGCUGCUUCUGCAUGCCCUUACGAAGGGGAGUCCUGGUGGUUGCAUAUUUAAAUGUCCUGUUCUGCGGGUUCAUGGUGGGUGUAUACAGCUACGCCGUGCACAUCAGCCUGGGGACAGACCUGGUGUACCACGGCACCAACGUCGGGCUGCCGGCGGAGCUGUGCAUCUUCAUCUACCUGCUAGAGCUAGGAUUCAAUGCGCUCCUCAUAUACGGCGCUCAUAUGAGAAUAAAAAAAUAUGUGCGAAUCUAUUACUACUUCGCCCUCUGCACCACUCUAACGACCGUCGUCCUGGGCUUAUUCGAGUUGACGGCCAUAAAGCACAUGUUCGUGGUGGUGGAGCUGGUCCUGUUAAUGUUCGCUGGAUUAUGCAUACAAAUCUACAUGCUGGUCCUCGUGUGGAAUUUACUUCAGAAGCUGGAGGACGACGGUCCCAACAUAUACGAGAACCAGCUGCACCAGAUCAUCAACGGUCAGGUCAAAGUUGAGGCCAAUGGGGUCUACAACCCCAGCACUACAAUACCACACGGUGUUGUCGAAGUGUAAAAGUCUAAUACUUAAAUUACAUUUAGUCAUAAGGCAGCAGUGUCAGCGAAAAUCCGCUAAAAGCAAUGGAAAUCUUGCAAAAAAUUUACUAAAAUCAAUAAUUGAAUGUGCGGAUUUCUUCCCUAGAGAUUCAGUACUAAUUAUCUUUGAAUGAACAAUGAAAUAAUUUUGAACAAAAUUUAUGAAUUUGAAUUUUUCAUAUUCAGAAUAUUGAACAUUAUUGUGAAACUUUUAAUAGAAUUCAUAACAGGACGAACGCGAACGGUUCCUAUGUUCUUAGAUAUUACACGUCAUGUUAUGAUAAAAUCUAACAAAUUGGCCUUAAUACAAAUAAUCAUCCUCUGUCAUGUGGUUUGUAACCACUGACGUCACUAUAUUCGUAGUAGGUAAGCAAAGUAGUGUCAGAUAUAACGAGCCCGACUUUUUAAAUUGAAUUUUAUUUACCUUCGUCAAAUUGCUGCACCUGUAUUAAGGUUGUAAAGAGCAUUGUAAAAAUGUAAAUAGGUACCUAAACAUUUUAGGUAGCUCUUAGAAAUUUAAUUUAUGUGUGAUAUUGAGAUAUUAAAUAGUAGUUAUGAUUAAUUAUAAGGACAUUGAGUACAUUUAAGACUAAAUUAAAAUAAGUGAUUCAAA